UGGCACGGAGUUUCGCGAGACUCGCAGGCAUUGCUCGCAACGCAGUUAACGCGAGAUUUGAUCAGCUGAUAGAUCUGUUUUUAGAGUGUGCUGUUCGGACGGUCAACACGUGGAGAGAGAGAAAAGAGAGGCAUACACACAGAAAGGGGGGACACGUUGGGAUUGUGUUGGGCCCAGUGUACGUAAUAUUAGAUUACGAGCCUGCAAUUCACAGUGGCGGCGAAGACAACAUUGAAACAAAGUGUAGUAGCUAGGGUCCAGAGGAGAUGCCAUUGAGGUUUCGGUCCUUUGCCCCGUACACGCUUCCUGGGGUGCUGGCGCUGAUCGGCUGGUGGUGGUACAUCUCCCGCAAGAAAGCUCGACCAGCCAGCCUCCAGGCUGAAGAAGAGGGGGUGGCCCCAGCCAUGGGCCUGCUCAGCUCCCCCACUGAAGGCAGUAAUGGUCUGCUGGACAAAGCCUGUUGCCAACCCACAGCCACCACCACAGUCCACCGCAGGCCCAGCAGAGACAGACCCAAAGCCACAGAGCCCAAAUCCACUGAGCAGGAGGUAGUGGUGGUGGCUGCUCAGGUCCACUCGCCUCUGGGUAGAGCAGUGGAGGCCGAUCCUGAGCCUGAGCUUAUCUCCAUCUCCACGUCUCCCUCUCUGGGACUGGGAAGGACUGAAGUACCCCCAGUAUCCACACCCCACCUCAGGAAAGGUGGAGAAGCCCCUGUCCAGAGCAGCGUAGAAUCGCAGCAGCAGACUACAGCAGCUAAAAGCUCCACAGAACCGGAGAGAGAUGCCCUCAGCUGCAGUUAUACACGACCGAUGCAUGUAGGCAGCACUCCAUCAGAAGCGACUGAGCCUACAGCAGCCAAAGAGGUGUCCGCGGAUGUGGCCAGUGAAGCGCCUAGGCUUGCUGCUGCUGUUCGCUCUGACCGGGUGGAACCCAGAGUGGACGUGGCUGUGGAGCUGACCAAAGACGAGAGGCCCGAACCAGAGGGAGAGGUGGCAGCAGAAGAGACACCACACACCCAGCUCACACCCAAGACCCUACAAAAGACGCUCGGAAAUGUAACUCCUUGUACCCCAUCGAUCUCCGCCAGCCCCAUCACCAAAGAAGAGCCCGCUCCCAUGACAUCGGAGUCUAGACUGGAGGCCCCACCUGUGCACCCUGAAACCCCCACAGUGCCGCAUGUGGCAUCCCCCCUCUUCACAAGCACGCCCACUGGCUCCGAAGAGGUGCGCGCCGACGACCACGACCAGUGGCAGGUGGAGAAUGGCAUUGUGAGUCAGGUCCAGGAAGACGAUGACACCGACGACAAACACGCGCUGCAACAGCAGGAGUUUGAGCGCAUUGCCGCUGGCCUCAUCACAGAGGUCAUCUCAGCUGCUACCCAACAGGUCCAGAUGACCGGCAGCUGCGAUGCUGAUGCUCUGGCGGCCACACAAGCCGCAGCGUCUCAGGACACGCCUGUUCCCAACGGUAGGCCAUGUUCCACAGACGACCUGGGACAACAGCUCAUAGCAGAUGAGGUGGAGGGAUCUAUGCAGGCAACACGACUGCAAGGACUGCCGCCAUCAGACCAGUCAGACAACGAGAUGACCAACGGUUGCCUGACAGCACCCACUUGGGAACGCUGCACAGAGAGGACUGCAGAAAAGGAGCAGCCGGUCACAGCCACUACGUCAGAUGACCCGCGAGAACCCGCCAUCAGUCAGUCCAAACCACAGACUGAUGAAACCUACUCUGCAGUGGAGGACUCUGGUUGCUACCAGUCUGAGGAGGGCGUCAGCAGUGAUGACCUUCUCCUUCAUGGCAAAGGGCUACCACAGGUAGCCACCGACGCAAAAGAUGAUGUCGUCCAAGCAUCAUCAUCGGCAUCGUCUGUGUCAUCCUCCAAACCAGAGGAGGUGCAGCCGAUGGGGAGCCCUGCUCGAGUGUUGCUGGAGGAGGCCGUGCUGAAGCAGCACGAAGCCGCCACAGCUCUCCAGCCCCACCUCACCGUGGCCUCCCUGAGGAAUGGAGGCCACGCCAACAGCGAGGCUGAGGCCGACCAGUCUGGAGGCUCUGAUGUGAACAGCAUGGACUCGGUGGACAGCGGCUGCACGCUGGGAGCGGGAGAGGGCCAGAGCAGCGGCCCGCCGUCGGCCUCCUCCAGCUCAGAGGUCAUCGUGUGGGAGAUAGAGGUGCCAAAGCAUCUAGUGGGGAGACUCAUUGGAAAACAAGGGAGAUAUGUGAGCUUCCUAAAGCAAAGCUCAGGAGCAAAGAUUUACAUCUCAACUCUGCCUUACACACAGGAGUUCCAGAUAUGCCACAUGGAAGGUACACAGCAGCAGGUGGAUAAAGCGCUGGCCUUGAUUGGGAAGAAGUUCAAGGACUUGGACCUGACCAACCUGUAUGCACCCCCUCCCAUGCCACUCACACUCCCUUCACUGCCUAUGACCUCCUGGCUCCUGCUCCCCAAUGGUGUAACGGUGGAGGUGAUUGUGGUGAACAUCGUCUCCCCUGGCCACAUGUUCGUGCAGCAGCACACCCACCCUACCUACCACGCGCUGCGCAGCCUGGACCAGCAGAUGUUCCUGUGCUACUCGCAACCCGGCACGCCUGCCCUGCCCACCCCCAUUGAAGUGGGGGUGAUCUGUGCUGCCCCAGCUGGGGAAGGCGCAUGGUGGAGAGCGCAAGUCAUCUCCUUCUACAAAGACUCUAACGAGGUUGAGAUCCGCUACGUGGACUACGGUGGCUAUGAGCGGGUCAAGAUCGACACACUUCGGCAGAUAAGGUCAGACUUUGUUACUUUACCCUUCCAAGGAACCGAAGUACUACUGGAUAACCUCCUGCCUCUUCCAGGUGAAGACCGAUUCUCCACAGAGGGAAAUGCUGCUUUGGAGGAAAUGACGAGAGGCGUGCCACUGCUUGCACAGGUCACAAACUACGACAACAACACAGGCCUUCCGAUGGUCCAGAUGUGGAACAUGGUGGGAGAUGAGUUGGUACUUCUGAACCGCACCCUGGCAGAACGAGGUUUUGGCACUUGGGUGGACAACUUCUGAGUCUCUCCUCAUCUGUAGCCCCACCCCCACCCCCCUCAAAAAAAUCAUAUCCUCCUCUCUCCACCCCGCCUACCCUUUUCAACCUGAAGUGCACACCAUUGGUUUGAGGAGAUUAUUUUUUUUUUCUUUAUUUGAGUUUUUGGAUUGUUUAUUUUUUCUUUGUCGGGGAAAAAAAAAAAGAAAUCUAAAGUACUUUAUUUUAAAAAUAAAGUCAAGCUAAGAUUAAAGCAACUGUCCCAACACCAGAACACACCAAAUCACCUCUCCCCACUGAGGCCUGGGAUAGCAGCGUCUGCUACUUUUCCAGCUUGUACAUUUUAGAAGAAAUUGGGGACAAAAGGAAAAUGGACAUUGCUGUAGUUACAUAAAGCCCCCCCUCCGUCCUGCCACUAAAGAGUCUCUUCCAGGUGUUCAGCACAAACACGUCUGUGGAUGUUUUGUUCCAUGGAUGCUUGACUCAAAGGAAUAAUGUAUAUUUCAGAGGAAAUUAAUUUUUUAGGUAUCUCUUUCCGCAUGUACAGUAAUAGCAGACACAAUGAAUUGGGGCGCUCAUCAAAAGCAGAUGGUCUCGUUUGUCGUGAGAUUGUUGUAUGCUUCCAUUACAGUGAUUCAUCUUGUCCACUGUGUGUGCUUUGCUGGAUUCUACGAAUGUCAUGUUUAGGGGAAACAAAGAAUCGUCACACCUGUAAUCAAUAUAAAGUGGGGUUAACAAGCAAGUUUAUAAAAAUUCCACCAAAAAAAAAAAAAAAAAAAAAAAAAAAAGAACUUUGAUCCAUGUAAGACACCACUGUGAGGGAACGAGAUCAGAAUCGUCCGAUCUGGGAGUCCUGAGGUUGGGGGCGGUGUUGUAAGGGUGGGGAUUGGUGGGUGGCACCCUUUCUCAAAGUCUGCUCCUGUACCCCCCAAAAUCUCCUGUCUGUACAACACUGUGGCCUUAAACAGGAGGAAAUUGGGGGGGCAUCUCUCCUGUGACCACCAGAGGAGGCAGAAGAGCCAUUCUCUGCACUCCUCCCCCUACCCAUCAGACAGUCCUAUGAGAAACCUCUUGCUUGACCACAACCCUCAGGGUGCGGUGACCAAGCAACGCGGUGCAUUCUCACCGUAUUUCUGAUCCUUUGCUUGCAAUUUUGAGGGAGAGCCGAGCUCCAUUUGGCAAAGAUACUGGAGAUGGCCUAGUGUUUUGUAGAGAAGAGGCAGCUAGUGGGCAAUAAGCCAUCUUGGUUCUGUGGCAAUAGCCUUAGUGUUGUGUGCUGUGUCUGGUGUCCCCAUCCUACAUUGUCCUUUAAGUGCACACCAUGUUGGGGAGGGUCAGCGCUGUGCGGCAGCAUGAAACACAAACAAAAGUAUUCAUGUGGUGUGUGUCGGCGAGGGACAUGGGGUGUUGGACACACUACAGCAUCCUCAGUGGAUUAUGGACACUACGGAUCACCAACCACGGCAGUGGCAAGAUAAGAAUGGGAGCAAAAGGGACAGUUUUUAUGCAGGCCAAUGUCAGAAUGGCCACUAGUUAAAGAACUAGGAUAACUAUGUGUGUGUGUGUCUGGUAUGCAUGUAAGCCUUGUCCACAAGAUCACAUGCCUCUGUUGUUUUCACUGUGUUGCUUCAUACGCAAGACCUAGAACUCCCUUUUCAACAAACACAAGCCCACUGGCCGCCUAUAGUCCUCACCUCACUGUUUCAUUCAGUCAAAGCCAGUGUGUGGGCAGUCAUGAUCUAGCUGUUUGGCCAGUUAUUAUCCCCAGCUUAACACAGCAUCAUCACUCCCAUUUCAUGGCAUAGGUGAACGGGGGUCACAUCUAAAAGAAAGUGUGGUCAAAAUAAUACCAAAAUCAAAACUCUGUACUCUGUACUGUAAGAAUACUUUCUCAGUUUGUUAAGUUGUUCAAAUGAACAGGGACUUGGGAUAUGCAGUUGCUCACAUGCUGAAUCUGUAGUGUUUUUCUUUUUGUUUGUUUUUGUUUUUUUUUUGCUUGGUAUGGUAAAGGAAAUUUGCAAUGUGUGCGCCCAUGUUUAUUUGUUCAACCAAGUAAUAGUGUGUGUUUAUUUUCUCCAGUCACUUACCUGUGUGUCUGCAGUGGGGCAUUCACCAGGCUGCCCUGCCUGCUCUGUUGAGGCUGUUUGUGUUCAUUCGUCAUCCAUCUUUUGUUUUCUAUCACCACUACCAGCUUUGAUCAUUUCAAGUUCCUUUGUGUCCAAAUACUGUCUCUGUAGAACACUGUAACCUCAUUGCUAGCAUCAAAUGUCAUACAUAAGCCAUCAGGUUCCAUAGACAUUUUCCACUGUUUGGGCUUUUGGUGAAGUCACAUGGUGAGGCUGCUCUGCUAAUGAAUUUGGAGCCUUUGUAACCUUUUGUAAGCACUGAUGAAGUACUCUAAUGUGGUUUUAAAAGCCCUUCAAUAUCACUACUAUGGGGGCCUUUGGCCCCGUUUCAAUCUGACGUUGACUCUAAUAUGAAUUGCAGAAGACCAUGUAAUAGCACAUUGGAAAGGCACUACCCUGAGUGUGUCUGUUUUUAAGAUGAGCGUGUUUGUUUACGCCUUGUUACUUGAAAGUCUAAUUUAUUCAUGGUCAUGUAUAGGCCUCUGUCUCGUAGUUCAAGCCUCAGGAAAGGUGGAUGACUUUAAAUUUGUUGUCCAUACUAUGAGGACCACUUAUUUUGACAUUGCAUUGUAAAAUUACUUGCCCAUGAAUUAGCUGGAAUGUGUAACUGUGUUGAUGAAGGAAAACCGAUGAUUGUACUGAACUGACCUUCCAAAGCAUUUUCAUAUCUCUGUAUUGUUGUGUAUGUCACCUAUUGUAUGGUUUGGGUAUGUCACACAUUGUGGUUUGUCAUGUGGGGGUGACGUGACUUAACGAGAGGGACAGGACCUACCUUUUAAGCAGAUAGACCUUGUGGUUGGUCUGUGAUUGGUCAUGUGGUCAGUGUUAGACCAGAGCCUGAUCCAUUAGUGUCAUUUGCUAUGGUUGAGUGCCCACAGUCUACCAUUGUACUCACGUUUCCAUAUUCAUUUGCUUUUUAAAAACAGUUUUACAUCAUUAAUACUGACAGUUUUACAUCAUUAAUACUGAAACAUACUGAUGGUUAAAGUCUCCCUGUGAAAGUAGAAAGUCGUGCUGUUGGCGUCUUCCUCUUUUAUUUGACCAUUGCCCUGCCCUGUCAGUUGAAACCCCUAGAUUCUUGAUCUAUCAACGCCGAUCCAGAGCAGCGCUGCAUCUAAGGCAUAUAUUGUGUACAUUUUACACCAUCAGACCAUCUCCCCUUUGCUAAAGUGGAGUGUGUGGCUUGACUUAAGAUGUUUUCUUUCAAAAAAAAAUAAUUAAAUUGUGCAAGUCUGUGUAAAUAAGAUAUUUCACUGUACUUUUGUAACACACUGGAGAGCGAUAAGGAGACAUGAAAUAAAAAAGGGAACUGUGUUCAUCCAAGUGUCCACCCCCAACACCGCCACCCUUCCCAAUGAGAUCUGCUCAGUUCUUGUGUCCAUAGGACUGGUUUGAAGUGUUUGCUUAGCUAGGGUAAUCAUUGGCUAUUUAACAUGAGUGCAAGCAAUUCUGCCCCGAUGCUGAGGCAUGUACAGGUCAGUUUGUGCUAGACUCGUGAAAGGUUUGAUUUUUUUCUUUUUUUUUUUCCUUGGGAUGUACAGGUCUAUUGGGAGGGAAAAGUAAUAAAUAAAGUUAUUAAGAUAGA